AUGUUGUCUCAAAAUAAAGUAAUAACUAAGGGAAAUUUGUCUUCGCUUAAUCCUUUUCUUGACGAUAAAAAUAUAUUGAGAGUUGGUGGUAGAUUGAACAAUUCCGACUUUAACGAGAACAAAAAGCACCCUAUGCUAAUUUCUGCAUCUGACAAAUUUGCUAAAUUACUUUUUGAAAACGAACAUAGACGUUUAAUGCAUGCGGGUCCUCAAUUAUUGCUUUACACUAUUCGUGAGCAGUUUUGGCCAUUGGGGGGACGCAAUCUUGCUAAAAAUGUGACUAGAAAAUGCAUUACUUGCUUUAAAGUAAAACCGAGAAUAACGAAUCCUAUUAUGGGUGACUUGCCGAAAGCCCGUGUUUCCCCGUCACCUCCUUUCUAUAACACUGGAGUGGACUACGCAGGGCCCUUCAUGAUAAAGGACAGAAAGGGUCGCGGAGCAAAAUCUAGCAAGUGUUAUAUAAGCGUAUUUGUGUGCCUUGCAACAAAGGCCCUUCAUUUGGAGCUCGUCUCUGAUUUGACUUCCGAAGCGUUCAUUGCUACACUUAGACGAUUUGUUUUUCGUCGAGGAAAACCGGGUCACAUAUAUUCAGACAAUGGUUUGUCAUUUGUGGGAGCAAGGAAUGAGCUCGAUCAAUUAGGAACCUUUUUAGCUCGAGAAAAUGAAAAUUUGAGGGAUGUCGUACACGACAUGGGAUUUACUUGGCACUUUAUUCCGGCUUAUUCUCCACAUUUUGGUGGAAUUUGGGAAGCCGGAGUAAAGUCCACUAAGUACCAUCUAAAACGAGUUGCCGGCAACCAAGUAUUAACUUUUGAAGAGUUUUAUACUCUUAUUGUACAAAUUGAAGGUCUGUUAAAUUCUCGCCCCUUAACUCCUCUUUCCUCAGACCCACACGAUUAUUCUCCUUUGACCCCAGCUCACCUUUUGCUAGGGAGACCUACAGUUGCUGUUGCUGAUCCAGAUUUGAAACAUCUACCCGAAAACAGACUCUCCAGGUGA